UCUUUGAGAACUUUUUCUCUGUCACACUCCAAAGAAAUACCUGAACCGUCACCGAAAAUUCAACUGCUUUUGACCAUCUUCGCGGCGCAUUUGCACAACGAUUUGGCAACUCCUGUCUUCAAGCUUCAAGCUCCAUCCUCCCAGCCACCCGCUUCCACAUUCAAUCCUCCCCCCAAACGCGACGGCAAGCAACUGCGUACCAGCCACGCUCUUCGGAUCAGCUGCUCGAGCACCAACUAUACACUUGAAAGGCCAGUACACACCAAGUCAUCUAUCUUCGUCCGCAUCGUCGUGAAGCCUCCUUUGUCCCUCUCUCAACACCAGAUCGCCUGACCGUGGGCAUACAGUCAUGUCCAACGACUCUGCGGCUGUUCCUGCCAUGGACGAUCCGCCUUCUUCAAUUCAACCUGCCUCGAAGCAAGUUCUUCUAACUGCUUCUGUUCCGGAUGGACAACCUUCUACCGCAACUUUUGGCAGAGAGCAAGCAACAACCUCGAACGGUCCCCAGGACACCGCAGAACCAUCCGCCGCCUUCGCUUGCUUUUCCAAAUUACCGCCCGAACUCCGUUGCAAGGUCUGGUGGGAGGCUUCUUUCCAAAGGCGCAACAUUUGUAUCUCGAUCAAGAAACUGGGUACGUGGGACGAAGACCUACUUGAAGAAGUAUGGGCUUGCCCUUUCGCCUAUAUUUCCCGUUCUGCUCACCCAGCUAUCCUCCACACUUCUCACGAGGCUCGGACAGAGGGUCUGAAAUACUACAAGCUCGACUUCGGCGUCAAUUACAUUCAACCCCUAUUCACGUUCACCAGCCCACCUCGAACUUACAUCAACUGGAAAGCAGAUCGAGUCUGCAUCACUGAACCUCAGCUGUUCAAUACCAAGAAAUUCAACUUUUUUAACGACUUCAUCAAUCUGUGUAAGGAAAGAAGUCUCCGAAAUAUUGCCAUCAACGUGGAGUCCCUUCGUUAUGAUGAUCUUCUGGUGGCAAUAUCCAAAGGUCCUACGUCUCUCGAACAGAUCAAUCUAUUCAGUGCCAAUCGAUGGGUGAUAAACAGUGAGGUCUUCCGAGAAGAUCGAGCGGCUCUGAAGUUGUUGGUUAUGUCCGAGACAUUUAUCAUUCGCGCUGUGAUACGGGGAGAGGGAAAAUAUAACAACAAAGGAGACAUCAAUUGGGACAGAAUGGCAGAUUCCAGAGAUCUUGAACGCGCGGAGAAAAUUUUAAUGAGAGGAUUUGAGAAGUACGAGAAGAAGUUGGCAAAGCAGGCGAAGUCAAACAAAGCCACUAACGUGGCAGGAGCGUCCAGUUGGAUUCGUCCCAACGUCAGAUGGAGUGUAGCGAAACUGGAGUUCCUACCUGGGAAGACUAUCUAUGCGGACAUGCCGUGAAGUUUUCGGAUAAAUGGGAUUGAGAUUGCUGGGUCCUGGUCCCUGUGUUCCCCCGGCUUUGGCGUCAAACCGUCGAAGGGCUCAUUCGAAGUUCAACCCUGGAUUUCCAAUGACCGGUACUAAGAAUGAAAUAAUCCCUUGCUUGUUCUCACCAUCAAUCUCUCCGCGUCUUCUCUCUCCUCCUCUCCUUUUCUCCUCUUAUGUAGUUCAAAGAGCCAAACGAGACCAUAAGCGCCAUCUUACAUCAUGUGUCAAACAAACUUGCCAGCCAAGUCGCCAACACCUUCGCCACAAAUUUCGCCCAACUCUACUCCAAGGACUCCGACUUCUAGGGAAAUAUCAGGAAUUCCAAC